AUGAAUAGAAGAUUAUCAUCAGAACAAGACAAUUUAAGAGUUAAGAGGGCGUUAAUGAGAUAGCAAAUAAAUCAAUCCCAUAGAGUUGACAGAGAAUUUGAAAUAGAUGAGAGAUUCCAUUCAGUUUCCAUGUAUAUAAAACAUGAUGAACUCGAAAUCGAUGAUUGCGAAUAUUUUGAUCAAUAGACUUGGGAACGAUUAGAUAGAUUUGAUUAAGUAGUACCAAACUAAAGAAACAAUUGUUCUUGGGUUACGUAUGAGGAUUUUUUGUAUAUCUUUGGUGGAUUCACAUUUAAUGGGAGAUUGGAUGAUGUUCAUAGAUAUUCAUUUGGUUCUAAUUAGUGGCAACGUUUAAACACAUCAGGUCAAAAGCCAAGUGCCAGAGAAAAUAAUGGGGCAAUCUAAUAUAAGGGUCACAUGUAUGUGUUUGGUGGGUGUGAUGGAUUAUUAUGGUUGAAUGAUUUUUAUUCUCUCAAUCUUAAGACUCUUCAAUGGAAAAAGAUUGAACCUACUGGUUAGUGUCCUUCUGAAAGAUUUGGCAUAGCUUGUGGUGCUUAUUAAACUAAAAUGCUGAUAUUUGGAGGAUGUGAUGGAAGUCAUUAUCUAAAUGAUGCAUAUGUUUGGGAUUUUGAGGAAUAGGUGUGGAAUAAAUUGUAGUUGAUAGGGGACAUUCCCUCUGCUCGUUCUUGUCCUUCUUUUAGUACAUUCAAUAACUAAAUAUACAUAUUUGGUGGAUUCGAUGGGGUUAAUAGAUUGAAUGACUUUUAUAAAAUAAAUAUCUUCACAGGAAAAGUCAAAAGAAUAAGUCAACAUGGUACAAUUCCAUGUCCUAGAUAUGUAAUAUAAGAAUGUAUUUUAUUAGUUCCACACAUCUGAAGUUUAUCAAAAUAAAUUGUUGUUGUUUGGAGGAUUCAAUGGGUAGGCAAGAUUGAAUGAUCUAUAUGAAUUUGAAUUUGGAAGUAAGACCUGGAAGAAAUUAGAAGUACAUGAGCCUCCAAAGGGAAGAUCUUCUAUGGUAUUUUAAUUAUACAAUGAUUCUCUGUAUGUCUUUGGUGGAUAUGAUGGGGAUGAGCUAUUGAGUGAUAUAUACAAAUUAGAAUUCAAGAAUGCCUAGGUUCCUAGGUCCAGCUUCAUAUAGGAUUUAAGAUCUUUAAUCAAUAAUCCUUAGAUGAGUGAUGUUGUAUUCAUUGUGGAGGAUCAUUAAAUCUAUGCCAAUCGCUGCAUUUUAGGAGCCAGGAGUGAGCAUUUCUAGAAUCUAUUUUUUGAAGAAUUCAGAGACAAAGAGCAAAUCUACAUAGAGAUUACUGAAUGUUGCCAUCAGACUUUUAUGGACAUGUUACAAUAUAUAUAUACUGAUUAAUUGGACUCUUGUUUAAACACAACCAGGUUGCUGAGUUUGAUCAUAUUGUCUGAUUAGUAUCUAAUGUAAAGGUUGAAAUAUCUGUGUGAAGAGUAACUAAUACGAAAGAUAAAUUGCAAUAAUGUCAUAGAGUUAAUAUUAUUUUCAAAAAAGUAUGUAUUAUAUAUAAAUACAUUUUAGAUAUAAUUGUCGAUUAUUAAGAAUUCAAACAAUGAAAUAGUUAGUGGAUAAUAUCUCAACUAUAAAGAGAAGAAAAGAUUUUAUAAAAUUAGCAUAAGAACCAGAAAUACUUUUAGAGAUAAUAUAAAAAAAAUGUUGA